CCUCCCUCCCUCCCUCCCUCCCUCUUUCCUUCAACUCCGCCACCUUCAGCGCUCCCUCUCUCUCUCCUCCACCACUUUGGAGACCUUGUGCGCUCCCACCCCUCUCUCGUCUCCUGCUGUUGCGUCUACAAGCGCUGUCGUGACUGGAGCAGAGGAGAGGGCAAACUGAGAGGAUCUGAGUCAGAAUCCGAAAAAACACCAAAAGGAGAACAGAAACUCUGACUUGUCCUCGUCUCCCUCUCUCUCUCAGUGUGUGUGUGUUUGUCAGAUGUGUCUGAGAUCUCUUCUGAUUGUGCUUUGGGCGACCUGUCAUUGAAGACAGGAGGCGCCUUGACAGUGAACGAGAGGCCGGAGAGAAUCUGACAGACGGUACAAAGGAGGAGAGGAAGAGGACGGGAGGAUGAGAAAGUGACAAGCUGGAUCGUUGCUUUUGAACGGUGACAGAAGAAACUACGACGACGCCGUGACUACCAGCCCAUCAUCCUACAGGUCCCCGAUCUGAUUGGAUGGUUUUGUCAGAAUGACAGCCGAAGAUCCCGCUUCCUCCUCGACUAUGAGCAAUAACGCCGCCCCCAAACCCUCCCAACCUGCUGGUGCCUCCCACCACUCUCUUCAUGGACAGAUCAGCGUCCCUGAGGGAGUUGCAGGUGCUACCAAUGAGGCUGCACUGGUCUCCCUGAUGGAGCGCACUGGCUAUGGUAUGGUCCAGGAAAAUGGUCAGCGUAAAUAUGGCCCUCCCCCUGGCUGGAACGCUACAUCUCCACCACGGGGAUGUGAAAUCUUUGUGGGCAAGAUCCCACGGGACGUUUAUGAGGAUGAGCUGGUCCCGGUGUUUGAGUCCGUAGGACGCAUCUACGAGAUGCGGCUGAUGAUGGACUUUGACGGGAAGAACAGAGGGUACGCGUUUGUGAUGUACACAGAGAAACACGAGGCCAAGCGGGCUGUUCGCGAGCUCAACAACUACGAGGUGCGGCCCGGGCGGCUGCUGGGGGUCUGCUCCUCCGUGGACAACUGCCGUCUUUUCAUUGGUGGCAUCCCCAAGACCAAAAAGCGCGAGGAGAUCCUGGAGGAGGUCUCCAAGGUGACAGAAGGGGUGCUAGACGUGAUAGUUUACGCCAGCGCUGCAGACAAGAUGAAGAACAGAGGCUUUGCCUUUGUAGAGUAUGAGUCGCACCGUGCAGCCGCCAUGGCUCGCAGGAAGUUGAUGCCUGGACGCAUUCAGCUUUGGGGCCACCAGAUCGCAGUGGACUGGGCCGAGCCGGAGAUUGAUGUGGACGAAGACGUUAUGGAGACGGUGAAGAUCCUCUACGUCAGGAAUCUUAUGAUGGAGACCAGCGAGGAGUUGAUCAGACAGGUGUUCAGCCAGUGGAAUCCCGGAUGUGUUGAACGUGUGAAGAAAAUCCGUGACUACGCCUUCGUCCACUUCACCUCCCGGGACGAUGCCGUCAUGGCCAUGGACCACCUCAACGGCACCGAGGUGGAAGGGUCCUGCAUCGAGGUGACGCUCGCCAAGCCAGUCGAUAAGGAGCAGUACUCGCGCCAGAAGGCCUCCAAGGGAGCUACUGCCACUCCAGAGCCGACUCCGCAGAACUACGUCUACCAGUGUGAUCCCUACACACUGGCUUACUAUGGCUAUCCCUACAGUACCCUCAUUGGACCCAACAGGGACUACUUUGUCAAAGGAUCCCCAAUGAUACAGAACAAUGCAGGUACUGUGCGAGGUCGUGGUCGUGCUGCUGCAGGUAACCGUACCCCUGGACCGCGGGGGUCGUACCUGGGGGGUUACUCUGCCGGUCGUGGCAUCUACAGCCGCUACCACGAGGGCAAGAAAGGGCCCGAAAAGCCCUAUGAGCUGAUGCCCGGUCUGGAGCUUGCUGCCUCCGUCAACCCCAUGAAACCUGGCACAAUGGCGUUGUCGACUCUGGGUGGUCAGUACCCGAUGUUUAGCACGGCUCCUGCAGCCAAGCUGAUGGAGGAGGGGAAGGUGCACACGGUGGAGCAUCUUAUGAACCCUCUGGCCAUGCAACACGCUGAACACAACUCCGCAAAUGCUGCCUCCGUCCUACCUUCGGUCUCUACCCCUCCACCUUAUCAGGGCCGUCCUAUCACUCCCGUCUACGCCAUGGCCCACAAUGUCCAGCGUAUCCCUACAGCCGCCGGCCUGUACGGAGCUGGAUAUGUCCCCAUCACAAACUACGCUGCCAACACGACAGCUCUGGCCGCUCUGCAGAAGAACGCAGCGCUGGCGGCCGCAGCGUACGGCGGAUACGCAGGCUAUGCCAUGCCACAGGCCUUCCCCGCCACGGCCUUCCAGCUGCCCAUCCACGAUGUCUACCAGACAUAUUGAUCCUGAGGGUCAGACCACGUGAAACAACGACAAAGUUACCCUGCCUGUGACUGAACCACCGCCGCCACCACCGCAACGUCUGUCCCAUCGUACAGAGACAUCACUUGAACUUGUGCACGUCCAAAAGCUCUAAAGGAAUGUCGUUUGAAGCAAAUAUUUAGACAGAGAAACAAUGACAUCACAUAUCUGUCUCACCUACUGGCCUCAGUAUAUCCUGGAACCAUGGCAACCAUAUGACAGGCGUAUUCAUGCAGCACCACUGUCUUAUAACACACAUAGAGGACAGUCCACUUACUAAGGAAACCUACACGUAUGUGGUGACAACCGGUCCCCAACAACAAGCAUCUCUCUCUCUCUCUCUGUGUCUCAGAUCCCUCGCCACCUUGUUGCUAUGGCAACAGAAACACUGAAGGUACAUUCAAGUAUUUAUGAAGAGAAGAUACAUAUUUAAGGUUUCAUUCUCUGUAGGUUUCUCUUAUUAAUGGAGUGAUAUGUGUUCUCUGAGGCAGGAAAGAUAGACCUUAACACUGUCUAAGUUGUUUUAAACUGUAAAAGUUAAUUGAAAGAAAGUAAAAGUACAACAAGAACUACUGACAAGAGAAUAUACCACUGAAGACAACUGUUUUUUUGGAUAUACUAAUGUUAUAUUUUCUUUAAUAUAUAGUAUUUUAGCCAAUUCUACAUGCUGUAGGUGAUGCUGUCCGUCCAUGCUGGUUGAAUGUGUAAGCUUCAAACACGCCUGUUUGGUACUUUUUGGUUUAUUUAGUUUUAUUUGGUUGUUUUAAAUGAAGGUUUUUAAAGUGUUUUAUUUGCUUCUAAUUAGUUUGCUUUGUUUUUAAUGUCUCCCCUUUAACUUUUAGAAACGUAUAUCUUGGUUUGUUUGAAGAAAAGGUCGCCAGCUAAAUAAUAUUUUUGUGGCAGGUUCGUUGGGGAACAAAUAUUAGAGAAAGAAAACUGGAUUUUUCUAGAUGAUUUAUAAGCCUGAUAGACAGCGACACCAUGUACAUGGAGAUGUUUCCCAUCCUCAGAAACUGCGCUGACAGGGGACUGAACUGAUGUUUUUUUUUUCUCUCAUUUACGUUUGUUUUUAUUAUUGUGUUUUUGAAUUGUUUGACUCUUGAAAGGUGAACAAAUAUGGACAGAAAUGAGAGACAUUUUUUUCUAUGUGGACUUGAACACUCUGCCACUUAAAGCGCUCCUGCAUUUGCCAACGCUGAC